GCGGACCCAAAACAUGAACUUUGAACUUCUGCUUUGCGAUGCCAGAACAGUAGGUGGCGGUAUGUACCUACACUUUCUGACGGCAAAAUUUACAGAAGAAGAAGAACUCAAUCGACGUCGUUACAGGAGCACACACCUUACAAUGCGCAUUUGUACAGCGAAACAACGGUAAGGAAAAUAUUAUUUUAUAUUAUUUUAAUCAGGGCUUCCCCAGCCAGGACUUUGGCUCAGACUGUGGAAUCUUCAUGUUGAUGGUAGGUCAUAACGAGCUGUAAUGCACAAAUAUUGUAUCUAGAAUAACUUUCCAACAUGGACUUUUUUAAUGUUAUCUCACAUGUAGUCUCAUAAUUUUUUUUUUUUUUAAGUCUGCCAUGUACAUCGUUCUGGACUCACAGUUUGACUACUCAGUUGUAAGUACUUUUCAACACGCAGUGUCAUCCUCACGGUUGUAUUUUGUAUUGUGCACUAAAAUGAAAUACAAACAACAAUUUCAGCAUGACAUGCCUGUUUUGCGGCGAUGGUGGUGCCUGUUGCUCCUGGAGAACCAUUCUUUGAACAGGUAGACAGUUUAAGUAAACUAGAUGCCCUAAUUAACUGGAAGACAAUCAAUAUAUUGUACUUAAAGAUAUAUUGUCAUUACAGUUGUGGGAAAAUCUUCGCCCACUGGACCGAAGAAUGUAAACAGCUCAUUGCUGGAAAGCAUACUCCGGUCUUCAGACUAAAGAGGAAGGCCGAGCAGCAGGACAUAGAGGUUAGAAAAUUGCCUUCGAAAAACAGUAUUGUCUCAGUGGGAGUCCUUCAAAAUGCACACAGUUGUAUGGAUCAACAUUGUCUCGAUGUAUUUGGUAAUUGAUAUUACUUUUCAAAUUGCCUUGUCAAGGAAACCAUGACGCAGACGGCAUCGGAUGUCCGAAGAAUGUGCAUGGCAGAGUCGAUGCAAUUCUGUGUCUACCAGACAUCCGACAACACAGGAGAGAGGUGUGUUGCAGACUCAAUUUAAUAAAUGCAAUUAUCGGGGCCUAUUCAGUGAUUUUCCAUGAAGUGACCACUUUUACAUAUAGUUUAAAUGCACGAAUCAUGUGGUAAAAUUAUUUAUACAUUCAAAUGUGCUGCAGAGGUAUAAUCAAUUGGACAGCGUGUUUGUUUAAUAUUAUGUUUGUCUCUCAUUUGAUCAGAUUGCUUUACCCUGAGGUAAAAUUGAUCAAAUGGGUCCAGUGCAAGACGUGCAGGGGCUGGCUGCAUCUGGAUUGUGCUGGGAUGGAAAUGGAGCCGUUUGACUGCGGGUGCGAGGACUCAAUUGAGCAUCCUCGGUAUAACAUAAUUUAUCAAGGAAACAUAGUAUCAGUCAAAAAUACGAGGCUCAAAGGAUGAAAAAAUGAGGGCUUGCUCUUUUCUUAUUUCUCUGCAGGAUCAAGGAUGCUGUUGACAGUUGAGGAAUUCAUGCUGUCUUUUCUAAGACACAGAUCAAGGUUGCUUUUGAAUGCACUAUCAGUUGUUAAAGCCACCGUUUCUUUUUCAGAUGAUUACAUUUUUGUCUCUUGCUCUUUGGUUUCAGACAUUACAUGAUGAUCUCCUGUCCGGAAAGCUCCGCUCAAACCAAAUGUUCCUUUGGAGGAAUCCCGCCACCUCACUCCGACUCAAGCAGCACCUCAAGAUAAAGACAUUAAGUUGGAGUGAGCAGCGCGUAAGUAAAAAUGCCAUCCAUCAUGAGUAUUUUUACUCUCAGGGGUGUUACAUUUGAAAGGUGUUUACUUUGUGUGUUUUUCUUCAAUAGAUGUACGAGCUCCUGCGAUUCAUUGAGGAGGCAACAAACAUUGCUAAAAAAAUAAAGACAGGCAAUAUUCAUCUGCUUGAUUUCGUUUUUGACGUCAUGCUCCCAGAGGUGAGUAGAUCAAACUAUAUAGCUUGCUUUGAAAAUUGAUGAUAUUGUUAAGAGGUUGUUCUUAUUCAUUUGGAAAGCUCAAGAACAACAAUUAACCCAUACUGCAUAACUUCAAUUGUUCACAUUAUUUGCCUGUUUUUCAGCUUUUGAUCAAAGCACUGAAGGAGCAUGGCAUCAGCCGGUUCAGAGCGGAGCUGAUGAUGGCCUGUGGCAAUGUGUUUUGAGCCCCCCACCACACCGACGUGCUGAAUUUUGUAUAUUUUUUUUUUACUGUUCACAAUUUUGUUUGAAAAAAAUUAAAGAAAUCUUCAAAGCA